AUGCCGCGUCGACCGUCGCUCAGCGCCCGGCUGUCUGGCUUUGCGCACGCCAGCCUUUCCUCGGGCUCGUCGAUGGCUCGGCUCUCGGGCCUUAUCAAGAGCCAGCGCGUGCUGCCCAUGGUACCGCGCCGCACGAUUGACGGCCCCAUGCUUCCCGACGCGCCCAAGCCAACACUUCGACGUACACUAACGCUCCGGGAUCGCGUGACCCAAGUCAAGUUGCAAGCCAAGGGCGCCGAGCGGCGGCUUUGCCAUCUCGCGAGCAGUCGCAAGUCGCUCCAGCCGACGGUAGGCGACUCGCUCAAGAGCAAGCGCUGGAAGCGCGCGAGCUCUGUUUUCCUCGGUCGUGGCAGCCUAACGCUGCCAAUUGGCCGGCGACAGUCGCUCAUUCGCCGGUCCGAGGAAAUGAAAGCGCAUCAAGAGAUGAUUGGUAUCUUCAACUUGCGUCAGACAAAACGUCCGAGCUUUCGGCGACGCUCGAGAAGCGCCGCGUCAUCGCAUGCGGCCUUGUGGGACGUCAUCCAUCCGACCGCUUCGCUUCUCAAGGCGUGGCGCUCGCUCAUCCUCUUGUUGCUUUUGUACGAAGCCGUGCACAUUCCAUUUGCGAUCGCAAUCGACCCGGAUCUGCGCGGGACGCCGUGGCAGGUGUUUCACUACGUUGUCGACGUCUUGUUUGCACUCGACGUGCUCGUCACCUUUAACAUUGCCUACUACGAACAAGACCCGCGGGACGAGCAGCGCACGCUCACCCUCAAGUACUCGAGCAGCAUCUCGGCCAAGGACAAGUACCUCGUUCGAUCUCGAUCCCGCAUCGCGUGUCACUAUGCGCAAAGUUGGCUGCUUCUGGACCUCCUGGCGGUCAUUCCCAUCGACUUGAUCGAGACGCUUCUGCACGUGCGUAUGGCCGACAUCCAGGACGCGGUGCUCCUCAAAGCCACUCGGAUUCCGCGGGUCUUGGGCAUCCUUCGACUGGCCAAGGCGCUCAAGACAGACGGUCCGCUCUGGUGGUGGCUCGAGUUCUCCACCGGCUCCGUCCUCACGCGUCUCAUGCGCUUGAUUCUGAUUGUGAUGUACAUGGACCACAUCUGCGCCUGUAUCUGGUACGCGAUUGCGUCCGCGCCCGGCGGGUGGGGCGACCUCCACUUUGACCCGACCAGUCUCCGCUACACAUACGCGCGUUGCUACUACAGCUGCAUGAUGGCGCUCCUCGGCCAGGACAUUCUGCCGACGUCACUGAACGAGAUGGUCUUUCUCACAUUUGUGUCGAUCGCGGGCUCGGUGGCCAUGGCGACGGUCUACGGCGACGUCGCGAUCGUUGUCUCGAGUCUGUACGCGAAUUCGACCAAGUACCGCGAAAAGAUGGAGGACGUGUACGAGUCCAUGCAGCACCUCGGGCUGCCGCAGGAAGUCCAGCAGCGCGUGCACCUCUACUACACGUACCUCUGGCAGCAGUACCACACACUCGAUGGCCGGUCCGCGCCGUUUGUCUCGGAGCUCUCGACCAACCUCCAGCGCGAAGUCAUGCUCUACUUGAACGCGAAAAUGAUCCGAAGCGUGCCGCUCAUGCAAGAGUGCAGCCCCGAAGUCGUGCAGGAGAUUGUGCUCCAGCUCGAGACCCGCGUCUACAUGCCCGAGGAUUUCAUCAUCAACAUUGGCGAGACCGGAUUUGAAAUGUUUUUCGUGCAGCGCGGCGAGUGCGAAGUGCUCGUCGAAGCCGGUGGUCGAGACAAGCGCGUGAUCAAGCUCAUCUCGGUCGGCGACUACUUUGGCGAAAUCGCGCUGCUCAUGGACUGCCGGCGCACGGCGUGCGUCCGCGCCAAGACGUUCUGUGUGCUCUGCGUUCUGCACCGGACUGGGUUCCGCCAAAUCAUUGCUCGGCACAAGGACGACCGCCAAAAGCUCGAGUCGCUCAUCAUGGAAAAGUACAAGAACGACGCUGUCAAGCCCAAUGUGGCCAAACCUGCGGCCGCCCCCGACGCAGCGCGCCGGCCCACCCACCAUGUGCCCCCGCACGUUGCAGGCACCGACAAGGCUGCGCUGCGGAUGCUAUGCGACGCGACCACGUGCCUUCACGACGUCACGUCGCGCAUCAACAAGAUGGAGCAGUCGAUCGAGACGCUCACGCAGGCCGUGCGUCUCCUGACGGUGGCGCGAGAAGCAGUGAUGCACCACCCGACGGCGGUGACGCGCCAGACGAUAAUGCUGCCGAGCCGAGGUCCGGCGAUGCAACGCGUCGAUGAAAUACUGCCGUCGGUCGCGACGAAAAGUGUCGCCGACGACCUCUUGGUCACUGAUCUCGAUGGCUCGCUCCGCCAACACAAACGACGGAUCACGGUCGUCCAUCAAGUCGACAACGUGGCGCCGUCCGAGGCCAUCAAGCCGCUGACCACCGAGACGAUCGCGCCGGCCCACCACGCGGAUGUGUUCCGUGACGAGGCGACGCUGCGGGAGCAGAUCUUCUCGAACCUCGAUCGCGUCGAGAAGGCGCUGCUGGAAGAUGCGUGCGAGACGCAGCAGUCGAGCUCGCAGACGUCCGAGGAAAGGCCGCUUUUUUAA